AUGGACGACCGGAACGUCAUUGCCAACCGUGACGAAGCAAUACCGGUCCUUCGCAUACCAUCCCGCGACGACGACAACGACGACAUCUCAUCCGCCGUAAGCGACAGCGAAGUCAAGAUACGCAAACGUGAGAAAUUCCUGAACAAAGCGGGCCAUGUCGGCAAUAUGUUCAAGGACAAGGUGGACGAGUUCAGCACGCCGGAAGCUCGCCAGACUCUCCAAGAUCGCAUGUUCGCCAGUAUUCUGUCGCAGAUUAUCCCGCCUGAGGAAAUGGGUGAGGGCGAACACGACGCGUUCAAAUCUGCAAAGCCAGAUCGAAGGAGCAAGAAAUAUGUGGACAGGCCAGAAUUUGGUCCUCGACUGAUGACAUACAACUUCCGCCGCUUCAACUCGAGGAUUGGAAUUGUGUUUGUCAUGCAGAAUCGCUUGAUCCGUCUAUUCACGUGGCAGACUCCCACCGCGACUCUUUCCUUCCUGGCCAUACACUCCCUCCUCUGCCUCAAACCCCAUCUUCUACCCCUCGUACCACUCGUUGGCCUUCUUUUCAGCAUCAUGAUACCUUCCUUCCUCGCCCGGCACCCGGCACCAGCUAAUGACCCGAUGAUGGAGCCGAGCUUUCAAGGACCACCCUCAGCUCCCGCCAGUCGAGUCAAACCGGCGGCUGAAAUGAGCCAUGACUUCUGGCGGAACAUGAGAGAUCUACAGAACUGCAUGGAAGACUUCUCACGCAUCCACGAUGCUGGUAAUGAGUACAUUACGCCGUAUACCAACUUCAGCGACGAGGCGUUGAGCUCCUCGCUCUACUUUAUACUAUUCGCUCUCAGCUGCGCGGCAUUCCUGGCGAGUCAGCUAGUACCCUGGCGAGCCAUUGCACUCAUAGGUGGCUGGGUAAUCACAGUCUCUGGUCACCCGCAAGCUCAAAAGACCAUCACAUCUACUCGAAAUAUGAGCCAGUUGCGUCAGACGCUCGAAGCUUUUCAAAUGACGUUUCGGAACUGGGUCGAGACGGAUGUUGUGUUGGAUGAGCCCUCGGAGCAACGUCAGGUUGAGGUGUUCGRGUUGCAGCGCUUCCACUCCCCGAGUGAUACUUGGGAGCGCUGGCUCUUCUCUCCCAGCCCUUACGACCCUUUGAGUCCCGCCCGCAUCGGAGAUGAUCGGCCGAAAGGUACUCAAUUCUUCGAAGAUGUACAGCCUCCGCGAGGCUGGAUUUGGAAGCAGAAAAAGUGGACGCUUGAUCUGCUCAGCCGGGAAUGGGUAGAGGAGCGUUUGAUUACAGGUGUCGAGAUCGAGACCGAGGGCGAACGAUGGGUGUAUGACCUCAGACCGGAUGAGCUAGAGGAGCUACUCGACAAUCCCUUGCGUGUGGGCAAGAACAARAAACGAGUCAAAAGCAUCCCUAUGAGUGGUUGGGAGGAAGGGAAUGGGAAUGGCUUUGAUGAGCGCGGCGAAUGGCGGCGCAGGCGGUGGACUAGACUCGUUGAGAGGCAGCCGGACCGUAAUACCGACAAGCAGACAUGA